CGGUGGACAGUUCUGACGGAGGGUCUUCCGACCAGAGAACCCCAAGGAAACUUCACAGACUUUAUUGUUGCACGAAACCAAGUUUUCCAAAAUGGACACGAUUUUUUCUGAAAUGAGUGAGGAAAAAGACAUCACACAUAAAAGAAGAGUUUCUUCAAUUUUAAAAGCUCCCCGAACUCCUCUUUGUGACAUUGGAAGUGGGAAUGAAUUAAAUCAGGAUUUCAAUAUUGAGAAACGUCAGAAAAACUCUAGGCGUGUGAGUUUUGCAGAUACCAUAAGAGUGUUCCCACCAGAUCUCCAAAACAUUGUGGAAUUAAAGCAUGGAGAAACUGCAAGAGAAGUAAGAGAUCAAGACCCAUUUAAUAAAAAUGAAGACCCAGAAGAUGUGCAGUGUGAGAUCACUGGAAUGAAUACAUUACUUCAUGCCCCCAUCCAGACGCAUUUGCAACAAAUUGAGUGCCCUGAUGCAAACACUGGUACAGAAUGGAACAAAAUGGAUAGAACAGUCAUAUUUUCAGAGGAAAAUGAAAUGGAUAUGACAUCUGGUCAUACCAUAUUGAUUACCCAUGACAUUGGAUUCUGCCAAGAAACUGACCAGCCAAAGAAAAUAGAUUUCAAAUCAUUUUCAACUGCGUUAAAAUCAAAAAAGGAAGGGUCACAGCUGAACGAAUUCAGCUUCUUCAGCUGCCCUAUAAAGGCAAAUGAGACCUGCUUAUCUCAACAGAAGAUGAAAACUGAAAACAUACAGAAAAUUAACUUCAAUGACUUUUUGAAAAAUUUGAAGUCCUCUCAAAUGUUUCCUACUCCCACACCUACUAUUCUUCAUUCUGAGGCUCCAGAAAGAAACAUUAACUCUUCAGACAGUAAUGAAUAUUCUCACUUGCAAGGCAAACGAUGCAACAGUACUGCUGCCUUGGGAGAACUUGAUAAUAAGGAAAACUAUAUAAUGCUUAUUCCAUCUGAUGAGAAAGCUGUUGCACCUGCCUCAAAUCAGUUAGGAAGUAAGGAAAUGACUCUGGUUUGUAGAGAGGGAAGUAUGGAUGCAAUGACUGCCAAUAUAGAAAGAGUUUUACCACACAAAACUAGUUCACUUAAUAUGGUGGAUCAGCAAGGGAACCUCAGAGGUGAUUAUUCAGUCAAUUAUAACAUGCAUAAUGAUAGAUCAGAGCCUUCUAGUAAUCAACUUGGUGUUCAACAGGACUCAAGUAUGUGUACUAAUGAACUAACUGUAAGCAGUAAAGAAGAUGUUGACAAAAUGCAGGCUGUCAGGUUAAUUAAUAGGGCUGCCUCACUGGCUUCUUUUCAUAGAACCAGUACAAUACCUGUACCCACUGGAUCUGCCACUUCUAUGCCUAUUCUCCAUGGUAAUAAAUCUGCUUUCUCUGGUUUCUAUACAGAUAGAGAAAUUAGUAAAAGUUGCACAGAUUUAAUCCACCAAAGAAAUUUCAGUGGACUAGGCAAUCCUAUUCAUGGAGCUUCUGAAAAAGAGAGUUAUCAUAUCUCCAGGCUAACAGAAGAAACUUUGUUUAGAGAGGACCAUAUGGACAUUACAAAACAUCAAGAAUCUACACAUUCUUAUAUAAAUAGCAUACAAAGUUGUGGAAUAGCCGCUCCAAAUCAAGAAGCAACUUAUGGUGGCAUGGAACUGCUAAAUCCAAGAAUCAGUCCUGGUUCUUCGACAUCCUGUCUUCCUGAGAGAAAAGCACAUGCUCUGUUUGGUUCAUCAUCCAGCAAACAGUCAACUCUUUUCUCUCUAAGUCAAGGUUCUAAGAGUUUUGAAAAGGAAAAAGAGAGUUACUUUGUUUCUUUAUCUGAGGACAUUAGGCAAUGUGUUGAUGCAACAGGACUAGACAGUAAAAUUAAUAGAGAAAGUGUUGUUUCAGACUAUGCAGUAUCCUUAAUUCCUGAAGAUAAAAGUGGUGUAAGUGUUAACAUGGAAAUUACUAAACCCAUGACAUAUAUAAUGGAUAAUUCUCUGAAUACAGCUAUAUUUCAGGGUUUGCCACAACAAGAAAUGAGAGCCUCUAAGAAAUGUCUAAGUAGUUCAGAUGGUGCUAAGACUAUUGUAUUUGUCCUGAAUGAAGACAAUGAAAUGGAGAUUACUAAGAGCUGUACAGUACCAGUAAACUACAAUAUGCAGAAGUGUGAGAGAACCCCUCAAGAGCUUUCCUUACACUCUGUAGAUAAAACUGGUUAUAGUUAUUAUGAUAUGGAUGAGACUAAGCCCAUAUCAAGUGCAAUAAAUCAUUCUAUAGGAAAUGCUGGUGGUCAGUCUGAAAAACCAAGCAAUGAGUCUGGUAGGAGGGCUUUCCCUGGCUCAGCCAAAGACAGGACUGUUGUAUAUUUGCAUAGUGAUGAGAAUGAAAUGGACAUUACCAGAAGUCACACAGUGGCUUUGAAUCAUGAUGCAGUCAUCCAAGGAGAAAAGAUUCCUUCAAAUCAAACCGCCAUGUUUACAUGUGGUGAUAUGGAGAUAACUAAACCUGUUUCAUCUGUAACUGCUGUGCCAGAGCAAAAUACAAGAACUGGUAAGAAAAGAAUAACUGAAUCAGCGAGUGAUCAAACUGCACUAUUUUCUCUGAGCAACGACAAUGAAAUGGAACUUACAAGGAGCCUUACAGUAGCAGUAGAGAGAGUUCCUCAAACUCUAUCUCUAAAUCCUACAGAGAAAACCAACAUGUACUUAUGUAACAAUAACAUGGAGUUAACUAAAAGCGCAUCCUUUGGUCCAACAGAUAAAACUCUGGUGUUUAUGCAUAAUAAUGACAUGGAAAUAACUAAAUCCAUAUCUCUUCAAGAUACUGGUUUCAGGGCUUUGCAACUGAACAAAAAAGAAGUUGACAAGUUCCUAUCAGAAUCAGCUAAUGAACAAGCAACAGUGUGUGGACUGCUGGAAGAAAAUGAGAUGGAGAUUACAAAGAGCCAUACAGUGGCAGUAAACCAUGACACUGUCCAACAGGUCAGGGAAGCUACUCAAGGACUCUUCUCCAUACCUGCGGAUAAAGCCAGUAUGUUUGUAGACAGUGGUAAUGCAACAAUAACAAAAUCCACAACAUUUCUCCCUGCAGAUAAAACUGUGAGGUUUUUGUGCAACAAUGACAUGGAAAUAACUAAAUCCAUAUCUUCUCAAGAUACUGGUUUCAGGGCAUUGCAAUUGAACAAAAAAGAAAUUGGCAAGUUUCUGUCACAAUCAGCUAAUGAACAAGCAACAGUGUGUGGACUGCUGGAAGAUAAUGAGAUGGAGAUUACAAGGAGCCAUACAGUGGCAGUAAACCAUGACACUGUCCAACAGGUCAGGGAAGCUACUCAAGGACUCUUCUCCAUACCUGCGGAUAAAGCCAGUAUGUUUGUAGACAGCGGUAAUACAACAAUAACAAAAUCCACAACAUUUCUCCCUGCAGAUAAAACUGUGAGGUUUUUGUGCAACAAUGACAUGGAAAUAACAAAGUCCCUAUCAGAUGCAUUUCUUAAAAAUAGCCAGUACGAAUCUUUGCCACAGAAAAGAGAAGAUACUGGGAGCAUCACAUUACCAGGUUCACUUAAAGACAAUUCUACUGUUCUUGCACUACAUGAUGAAAUGGAGUUUACAAAGUGCCACACAGUGGCAGUUAAUCAUGAUAUUGCUUCCCAUUGUGAAAGAACUCCCCAAGUACUGUCACAUACUCUUACUGAAGAAACUUUCCCUAAGAAUGCACUGAAACUGGGAAAUUAUGCUGAAUGGCAACUCCCUUCACAGAAUAUGAUAGCAUUAACUAUGGCUGAUGGUACAAAAGUUGCCAAAGGGCAGACAGCGCCAACUGAUAGCCAAACAGUUGUUAAUUGCCCACAAUCUAGCCAAGCUAAGAAUGUUUUGCCUCUUAAUGAGGCAUUUACAUAUUACCAGGGUGGCACAGAAGUCACUGCUUUGCCUACUAAUACUGUUGAAAAUGGGAACUGGGCUGAAUUAGAGGAACAAGAAAUGCUGAAUGAAAAUAUACAGCAGACAUUGAGUAAUGUGCUUACCCCAAUGUGUGCGGGGGAAGUACACAAUACAGAAGCUGCAAGAAAUUGUACCGUUAAUAUUUAUGACCCUAAUAAUUAUGGACCUGGCUUUGAAAAACAGUUAUCUAAUUCUUCCACAAACUCAAAAGUAAAGAUAUCUGAAAAUACAGCUGUUGAGAACAUGGAGAUGACUAAAAAUUACACAAUAGGAAUUGAAUUUAUGUAUAUGAAUGAUAAGAAUGAAAGCAGCUUGCAUUCCCACACCAAAUCUAGCUCUGAAUUUCCUGCUUCAGUAGAUCCUUAUGAAAACAAAUUGAAUGGUUCCAAAGUCAAUAAGGAUACCCCUGAAAAGUCAAUUUAUUCUGCUGGUAUGAUGCUAUCUAUUUCUCAGGGCAUUGUCCAAGAGCAACAGAACCAUUUUAAACAUCAGGACAACCAGCCAGAAUCCUGUAUGUCUAAAAUUAACACCUUUGCAAAACAAACUGCAAGAAAUGUAGUUUCAAAUGAAGCAAAUAAUGUUACGUUUCCAGUUAAAAUGUCAGUCCUGGAUUCAAAGUCAAGACAGGAAGAUAACUUUGCUACAGAAACAGCUACUCGUCCAAUUGAUGACAGAGUAUCUAACAUAAAUGAGACUUUAUUAAGUGAACUGGGUAGUUCUACAAAAGAUCAGCAAAAUAACUCAGAAUUUCCUCCCAUGAAUUCUUCCUCUUCAGAUGAAGAGCCAAUCCUUUUGCCUAAACGAACUGGCAUCAGCCAUUGUCCAAACUUAGAAGACAUUGGGAAGAAGUCUGAACCUGUUCUACUUUCACAAGAUGUUGGGUCCAGUCUUGGAAAGGAACUGUCCAAACUACCAAUGAAGCCAGAUGAACCUUUGCAGUUGAGAGAGGACAUCAAAAAGGAAUCCACUAUCACUAAAGAAGGGACCCAUACAUAUUUAAGUGAGGGUGCUUCUCUCAAUGUACACUUAAAUACUGUAUGUACAGAUAGCUGUAAAGUUAAAAAAAUUCCUCUGAGCAUCUUUCCACCUAAACUGCCAAGUAGAAUAAAGCCUGCUAUUUCUAAUGUAGAAGAUACUAGUGCCAAAUCAGGAGAGAGAACAGCAGUUCAAGAUUCAGAAAUCUCUUUACUCCUUAAAAGAUCCUCAGAAAAAAUUGCACAAAAUUUGAGUCCCUCAUGUUAUAUAGAUGAGGAGUUGCUUCCUGCAUGCAUAGAGGAAAUGGAUUCGAACGAGUCUCUAAGCUGUGAUGUGAUGAACAGCAAAGGGAUUCUUGCUAAAGAAGGCCAUUUAUUUGAGGAAUUUGAAACUAAUAAGAAACAGAAGAGAACUUGGAUUUCAGAGGAUGAGGAACUUCAGAAAGAAAAAAAGUUGAAAGUUGAUGAUGCCUGGAAUGAUACUGCAGAGUUAAAGCAGCCACUCUAUAGCACAGUGGUAGCUCAUAAUCCUGCAGAAACCCUUGAUGGUAAAAAUGUUCCAGAAGUGAUGGCUACAAAUCUGGAAAAGACACAAAACAGCAACAGCAGCUCUUUGGACUCAGUGAAGGCUGAUAUAGACUUCAGUAUUCAACAAAAUAGUGAAAUGACUCAGCUUCUCAUGGACAGUAUUUGUGAACAAAAUUUGCAGGAGAAACUGCAGGAAGGUACUAUCACAGUCCGGGAAUUUUUUACACUUCUCCAAGUUCAUGCUCUGAUACAGAAACCUCGUCAGAGUCAGCUCCCACCCAAAUAUGCAGUCACCACACCUCCUACUCCAGAAGAUGAAAUUCUCAGCCAGUUUAUUUAUCGUCCCAAAUUAGAAGUUUAUGAAGAAGACUGUCGUGCUUUCUGUGAAGUUAUAGAAGAAUUAAAGUUGCAUGCAGUUGACCAAGAUAAACUUCUGGCAAAUAUGCAUAAAAGCCUGUGGGAAGUAAUGAGGACCUGUUCUGAUGAGGAGUUGAAAAGCUUUGGAGCAGAGCUGAACAAACAGAAAUCGUAUUUUACCAAAAAGAGUAAAGUACUUGCUCACAGGAGAAAAGCACAGUUAUAUGCGAAGUUGGUACAGAGUGCUCAGUUCCAGAGAGAAAAUCUACAAUCAAGACUAGCAAAAAUGGAUAAACUCAUGAAAGAAAUUGAUAGCUGUAUUGUUGCUUUGAAAACAGAAACUGCUCUUUUAGAAGACUCUGAGCCAGAUGUCAGUGAUACCACUGCAGAAUAUGAGGCCAAGCUGAGAGAAACUGAAAGAGAACUGGAAAACUAUAGAGCCCAAGAGGAAGCAAUUCAAAGAAAUCAGUCAAAUCUUAGAGAAAAAAAGCAGCAGUUAGUUUCUGAGAUAAGCCAUCUCCAGAAAGAUGCAACCAACUGUCAAGAACUCAUGCAGAGUUACAACUUCUCUGAGUGGGUAGUAAAAGAAUGGAAUGAUCACCAGGCAGUUUUCACCUUUCUUUAUGAUACUAUUGAGCUCACUGUUGGGCUCGAGUUUCCUAUAGAUGGUGCUAUUUCCAGCAACAAAGUCUGCCAGAAGAUUGUUAGUUUGCACUUUGAAUCACUUCUGGAUGAAGCCAAAGCGUUACCUUCUUCAAAACUAGUACAUAAGCUCAUUUUCCAGUUUAUUAAUAGCCAAAGUUCAUGGCAGGAGAACUGCUCAACAAUGUAUCAGCUUUCUCAGGUGCUGCGUGACAUCUCUCUUGUGGUGAGUCGCUGUCAAUUUCUUGGAGAAGAGAUCGAAUUUCUGAACAGAUGGGGUGGAAAAUUUUAUCUGCUCAAAACUGAAGUGAAUGAUACAAAGGUGAAGCUCUUAUUCUCUAGUUCUACAGCACUUGCAAAGUUUGAAGUGGAAUUCUCCUUGUCUGCGAGUUAUCCUGCAUCUCCGAUAGUUUUCAGCAUCCAAAAAUGCGCAGGCAGUAUUGGCCAAGAAGAAAUUUCUAUGGCUUUGUCCAGUGUUCCAGUGGGAGCCAACUACUUGAAGAGAAUAGUCAAACAUAUUAGUCAUAAUCUACUCCAGCAUCCUAUGAUGAUACAUAAACAGCAAAGAACAGCUAUCCAAUAGUAUAUUCUGCAUACAGAAGACAGAAAAUCGUGUUUUAACUGAUCAGUAUUGCAGGAUUCAGAUCACUGCUUACAUUUGGAGUGAGCAAGUACAUGACUUUUUUUUCCAGAAAAACCUGCUAAAGAGUGUAAUUGAGGAAUUUCAUACGAUGCCUUUUAUUCUUACUCUAGUUCCUAUUUUCCAGUAUUGCCUAUGGUUACCUUUUUUUCUAGGAAACCAGUUCUUCUGUCACAAAAUAGUGUUGUAAUUCUAAUGUGCAGUUUCAAAGGUCAAAUACUGCAGAGAAAUCUUCAAGAUGUACAUAUGUAUGGAUUGCCAGCAGUCAUAUUUGACCCCUGCGUAAUGAAUGAGAUUCUAUUUUUAUAACCUUCAUCUCAAUAUUGCAUGUAGAAACUAGACGUAUGGUUGUUCUAGAAAAGUGGUAUCUUGCUUCUAGAAUGAGCCCAAGCUUGGUUGCAUUCAUGCUUGGAAUGACUGAAUUCUUUAACUUUGGAGAAAGACAUAAAUAAUAAUUGCUAGCAUGUUCUGAGUGUGGCAUUUUAACUUAUUCAGGCUGAUGUGGCUGCAUAUUUAAUCCAUGAAAUUUAUAGGAUAGUAUCCAAAAUUUCUUCUUGUCUGGUCUGUAAUUUCUUGGCAACUGUAUAUAUGUAAAGCGUAGCAUUUUUAAAUGCUUUUUGAAUUUCAACUAUUGGUAUUUUAAGUUUUUUAUUUUUAUUUGAGAAGGAAAAUAUAAUAAAUAUACUUAUAAUAAUAAACAUUUUAUUUUGGCAUUGGCUUAGAACGAAAUGCUGCCAACACUUCCUCUUAAUUCACUAUUUACUUCUAGCUUUUACGGCACAAUCCUGUGGCCCCCAGACAGUGCCUGGAGGGCCAUAGGAGUUCCUCUAAAGCUCAACACUUUGACAAAAUUGGUCAGCUACAUACCUUGCAGGGCAGCAUGAGAUGGAGGCAAACUUUGCUUCUGUGCUUCCUCCACCCUGCACAGGA